AACUCUCCACAGACUAGGCACUGCAGUUCAGCGACUCUUUUCUUGCUUGCUUGCAACUUCACUCUCUCCAUCCUCGGCCCUUGUAUUAUUCGACUGGGCAGCGGUGAAGUCAGCAUGACGUCAUCUAGAGAUGCGAUAGCCUGGCAAGGUGAAACAAGGUUUUGGUGAGUGCUAUUCUCCACGGCCUGCGUUGCCUACAGAGAGAGAGAGAGAGGCGCGGAGCUGCAAAACAUGGUAAUCAUCAUCGCCACCACCUCAAGAUCUGCCGUGCACUCUCCUAUUUCUACUCCUCUGCACUGGGGCUCUCGUUUCAUACCCAGAGUUCAGAUCUGCGUUACAAAAAUAAUCCUCUGCCAGCAUGCCGAAGGAAGAAAAACAAGAAGAGUGGUAUUUUUAGGGCCAUUAAUUCUGACCACGUGCCCCGAAGGUACACCGGAAGGCCAUUGCGCAAAGUCUCCUCAUCAGUAUGUCCUACGAGGCCAGCACGCACUGGACGUUGAUUGCGAUUGUUCUCUUGGGGUUCCUAGUGGGGAUUGCGUCAUCAUAUCCUAUUCCAAGCAGGACAAAUGCAACUUUAUUGGAGAAAAGAUGGGAGACCCUCUUCUCCCGCUCCAUUCUGGGCAUCUCGGGGGAGAGAUCGGACCUGAACUGGGAGAGUGACUAUUUGCUAGGUAUCAAAAGAGUCCGGAGGCUCUACUGCAACGUGGGCAUCGGGUUUCACCUCCAGGUCCUCCCAGACGGCAGGAUUAAUGGUGUACAUAAUGAAAACCAGUACAGUGAGUUGCUUCCACAGAUGUAGUAAUGCAAUAGACAUCACAUGAAGGGGUCGUCAAUAAUUAUGCAUCUAACAGCGGCUAUAGCCCAUAUUUUGCAUGAUGUGUAAUAAGCCGCGAAGGGAGCAUUGGAUUACUUCUAGAGCAAAGACAGAUCUAUUAAAAACACUAUCCACCAGUGCUAAAUAUCUCCCAAAGCUCAAACAUGACAUGAAUGUAUGGACGUAUUUAGACACUGGCUCCUACAGCGGCCCAGAAACGAACAGUCACCGACACCUUACACUUCCAAAAGGGCAAUUAUUACAUGAUAGCCUAAGCUCUGCAAAUAUCGAAAAUUGGACGUGGGAAUGAAUAUAGAACAAAGACUCAGCAUCCUGCGUAGCAACCUGCAAGGUUACACCCACAGACGUAUUGCACAUGCUAGCUAUAGCCUAGCCUACAACCAUUUUGAACCAUAUUUUGUGCCAAUCUGAUCGGAUGUGUUUUUCCAAUAUCUAAUAUCUGGUAUUUUGUUCAAUUAGGUCUAUUAGAGAUCUCAACUGUAGAGCGAGGAGUGGUUAGCUUGUAUGGGGUGAGAAGUGAGCUGUUUGUCGCAAUGAAUGGCCGAGGAAGGUUAUACGGAACGGUAGGUAUGCACAGUAUUACAUUUAUUGUCCUGCAAUAUUUGUUUUAAUGGUUCCGCGUGGCAUUUGCUAUUAUGACUGAUCGGGUUUUAUUUGCAUGUCAUUUAAAGCGAUUGGGUGUGCCGAUCUUAACAUGUGCCGUAAAUUAUGUGAUAAGACAUAUGCUAGUGGAAUGCUAUUUUGUUAUUUUCGAUGGUUCAUUAUAUAUAUAUAUAUAUAUAUAUAUAUAUAUAUAUAUAUAUAUAUAUAUAUGUUUACCCUUUCUUAUUAUGCAUUCGUAUGAAAUUGUAGGCAGUAAAUGAGCUAGGGGCCUGUUCAUGGUCGACUUGCCUUGGGCAAUAAUGAUGAGGUUAACAGACGCAUAAUUGUGUCACGCUCUGUAAUAUGGCCCUGCGUGCGGGGGAAAGACCCCCGACACUCCAGAACCUGUCAUCGGGACUUGGGACCAUAUGAAAUUCAUCCUUUGAAGAUUAAUAUUAUUUACAUGUUAGGUUACACUUGUAGGCUAUGCCUAUCACUGAAGCCCCGUUUAUAAUUGGUGCUAAUAUGGGACCUUUGUCCUGAUCUUGUCUACAUUCUGAUUGUGCCCACAUUUCCAGAAAUCUGUCUACACAUGGUAUUAAAAUGGGUCUUAUCCAUCCACUGUGUCUGCAUUGUGACCAGAUUUCCUGGUCCCUUCAUUUAUGCAAAUUAUUUCAAACUAAUAUUUAUUUAUUGUAAGACACAUAUUGAUGUAAUCAGGCAAUGGUGCCACCUGUCAAUGAUUUUAGAGGGCGGAAUAAUGAUGAUAAUGGUUUCUUUGUCCAGAUCUGUCUAUACUUGUAAGAUAUCCACACACAAUGCGUCACUGACUACCUCCGGAGAUGGGCAGGAUGACCUGAUCACAAUCAGAUCACAAUGUGUCUUUUGAUUGUCUACACCUGUCUACAAAUGUGGGCAAAAUCAGAAUGUGGACAAGAGCAGGACAAAGGACACAAGUUAGAACCAGGUAUAAACGGGACUUGAGUGAAGUGCGUCCUAUGGACAUUGAACCAAUAGUUUUGAGUUUGAGUUAGUCUCCAACAGGUCGAUCAAGAGCUACCAGUAGCUCGCAGCCCACCUAUGAGUAGCUCACCAAACAAUUCUGAAACUACACUGAACAAAAAUAUAAACGCAACAUGCUACAAUUUCAAAGAUUUUUACUGAGUUACAGUUCAUAUAAGGAAAUCAGUCAAUUUAAAUAAAUUCAUUAGACCCUAAUCUAUGGAUUUCACAUGACUGGGAAUACAGAUAUGCCUCUGUUGGUCACAGAAAGGUAGGGGCGUGGAUCAGAAAACCAUUCAAUAUCUGGUGUUACCACCAUUUGCCUCAUGCAGCGCAACACAUCUUCUUCACAUAGAGUUGAUCAGGCUGUAGAUUGAGGCCUGUGGAAUGUUGUCUCACUCCUCUUCAAUGGCUGUGCGAAGUUGCUGGAUAUUUUUUGGGAACUGGAACACGCUGUCGUACACGUUGAUCCAGACCAUCCCAAACAUACUCAAUGGGUGACAUGUCUUGUGAGUAUGCAGGCCAUGGAAGAACUGGGACAUUUUCAACUUCCAGGAAUUGUGUACAGAUCCUUGCUACAUGGGGCCAUGCAUUAUCAUGCUGAAACAUGAGGUGAUGGCGGCAGAUGAAUGGCACGACAAUGUCCUCAGGAUCUCUUCACGGUAUCUCUGGCAUUCAAAUUGCCAUUGAUAAAAUGCAAUUGUGUUCAUUGUCCGUAGCUUAUGCCUGCCCAUACCAUAACCUCACUGCCACCAUGGCCACUGUGUUCACAGCGUUGACAUCAGCAAACCACUCGCCCACACAACGCCAUACGUCUGCCAUCUGCCCGGUACAGUUGAAACCGGGAUUCAUCCGUGAAGAGCACACUUCUCCAGCAUGCCAUUGGCCAUCGAAGGUGAGCAUUUGCCCACUGAAGUCGGAUAUGAAGCCGAACAGCAGUCAGGUCAAGACCCUGGUGAGGAUGAGGAGCACGCAGAUGAGCUUCCCUGAGAUGGUUUCUGACUGUUUGUGCAGAAAUUAUUAGGUUGUGCAAACCCACAGUUUCAUCAGCUGUCCGGGUGGCUGGUCUCAGACAAUCCUACAGGUGUUUAAGCCAGAUGUGGAGGUCCAGGGCUGGCGUGGUUACAUGUGGUCUGCGGUUGUGAGACCGGUUGGACAUACUACCACAUUUUCUAAAACGACGUUGGAGGUGGCUUAUGGUAGAGAAAUUAACAUUCAGUUCUCUGGCAACAGCUCUGGUGGACAUUCCUGCAGUCAGCAUGCCAAUUGCAUGCUCCCUCAAAACUUGAGACAUCUGUGGCAUUGUGUUGUGUGACAAAACUGCACAUUUUAGAGUGGCCUUUUAUUGUUCCCAGCACAAGGUGCACCUGUGUAAUGAUCUUGCUGUUUAAUCAGCUUCUUGAUAUGCCACACCUGUCAGGUGGAUGGAUUAUCUUGGGAAAGGAGUAACGUUCACUCAUUGGGAUGUAAACAAAUUAGUGCACAAAAUUUGAGAGAAAUAAGCUUUUUGUGCUUAUGAAAAAUGUCUGGGAUCUUUUAUUUCAGCUCAUGAAACAUGGGACCAACACUUUACAUGUUGCGUUUAUAUUUUUUGUUCAGUAUACAUGCAAUUUUCACGUGUUCUCACAAGGAUCAGACACCGCAAGCUCCCAGCUGGCCUGCUAUCUAAUCAACGCAACAUUGACAUUAUCCCACCCCUGGUUAGCCACUAUUGGCCAAACCUAACACAAACCUGCCAAUUAAUUUCCAGCAAUAUUACCCGUCUGUCUGUGGUGCGCGCGUUUGUAUAUCACUCCGGGUGUAGCCAGUUGACCUGAUAACCGUCUUGUGGCUUGACAGAAAUACUUUCCCCAAAACCUUAUAAAUUAAAUGUUAACUGCACUGCAAAGUAGGCUUACCUGGUAGAAGUAUAUCAUGAAUAAGUAUAUCAUUUGUAUGUGUUAUUUGCAAACUUUGCCAUGAAAUGAGCAGCAGCAGUACAGAACCAUGCUAGACCCACACGUUAGAUGGCACAUUCCUCACUUGCUAGAUGCGCAAUUAAAGGGGAAUUACACUCAUAUCAAAAUGUGUUCGUUUCUUCCAGACCCCCCAAAAAAUUGUCUUCUGAUGUGAUUUAAGCAUUGACAUGGACUCAGAACGUUCCAAUGUCAUUGUUUCUCUAUGAACAAUUGUAAUUUUGAGAGUUAAAAACAGAAAACAUCUAAAACCAGGAAAAAGAAAACUGAGAAAACAUAAUUUGAGAAAAAAAAUCACAGAUUGUAUAGGGCCCCCCUUAGAGUUGUUUAUUAACCAUUAUUGUUCCAGGUAUAUUGACAGAAACAGUGCACUACUUUCUCUUGUACAGUCGUGGUCAAAAGUUUUGAGAAUGACACAAGUAUUGGUCUUCACAAAGUUCGCUGCUUCAGUGUUAUGAGAUAUUUUUGUCAGAUGUUACUAUGGUAUACUGAAGUAUAAUUACAUGCAUUCCAUAAGUGUCAAAGGCUUUUAUUGACAAUUACAUUAAGUUUAUGCAAAGAGUCAAUAUUUGCAGUGUUAACCCUUCUUUUUCAAGACCUCUGCAAUCCGCCCUGGCAUGCUGUCAAUUAACUUCUGGGCCACAUCCUGACUGAUGGCAGCCCAUUCUUGCAUAAUCAAUGCUUGGAGUUUGUCAGAAUUUGUGGGUUUUUGUUUGUCCACCCGCCUCUUGAGGAUCGACCACAAGUUCUCAAUGGGAUUAAGGUCUGGGGAGUUUCCUGGCCAUGGACCCAAAAUUUCGAUGUUUUGUUCCCCGAGCCACUUAGUUAUCACUUUUGCCUUAUGGCAAGGUGCUCCAUCAUGCUGGAAAAGGCAUUGGUCGUCACCAAACUGUUCUUGGAUGGUUGGGAGAAGUUGCUCUCGGAGGAUAUGUUGGUGCCAUUCUUUAUUCAUGGCUGUGUUCUUAGGCAAAAUUGUGAGUGAGCCCACUCCCUUGGCUGAGAAGCAACCCCACACAUGAAUGGUCUCAGGAUGCUUUACUGUUGGCAUGACACAGGACUGAUGUUUUUCCUGGAGAGAAGUGGCUUCUUUGCUGCCCUUCUUGACACCAGGCCAUCCUCCAAAAGUCUUCGCCUCACUGUGCGUGCAGAUGCACUCACACCUGCCUGCUGCCAUUCCUGAGCAAGAUCUGCACUGGUGGUGCCCCGAUCCAGCAGCUGAAUCAACUUUAGGAGACGUCCUGGCGCUUGCUGGACUUUCUUGGGGACCCUGGCGCCUUCUUCACAACAAUUGAACCUCUUUCCUUGAAGUUCUUGAUGAUCCGAUAAAUGGUUGAUUUAGGUGCAAUCUUACUAGCAGCAAUAUCCUUGCCUGUGAAGCCCUUUUUGUGCAAAGCAAUGAUGAUGGCACGUGGUUAACAGAGGAAGAACAAUGAUUUCAAGCACCACCCUCCUUUUAAAGCUUCCAGUCUGUUAUUCUAACUCAAUCAGCAUGACAGAGUGAUCUCCAGCCUUGUCCUCGUCAAACACUCUCACCUGUGUUAACGAGAGAAUCACUGACAUGAUGGCGGCUGGUCCUUUUGUGGCAGGGCUGAAAUGCAGUGGAAAUGUUUUUUUGGGAUUAAGUUCAUUUUCAUGGCAAAGAGGGACUUUGCAAUUAAUUGCAAUUCAUUUGAUCACUCUUCAUGACAUUCUGGAGUAUAUGCAAAUUGCCAUCAUCAAAACUGAGGCAGCAGACUUUGUAAAAAUUAGUAUUUGUGUCAUUCUCAAAACUUUUGACCACGACUGUACACUAAGGACCCGGGAAAGAGUUGCAGGGGAGAAGGGAAGAAUGUGCCUAUUUGAAAGCUAGAAAAAAAAUAGUAGCUUGCGACAUUUUUCAUUUUUUAAAAGUUGCUUUCAAAGGUUGGAGACCCCUGCAUUAGGGUAUCUCUGACGGACGUCAUCAGCUCCCUGUCUUGUCGAUAGUCCCAGCACAUGCUGUCUUUUCACAAUUUAUAAUAGCAGAAAAUUGUCAAAAAGGUUCACACAUCAUGUAUAUCCAAUAAACACUCUGAAAAAUAUUGUUAGUGAAAUGUUUAUUAAGAUAGACAAAUACGAUUCACAAUGAACAACGUGCAAGGUGAGCAAAAGAAGGCCCAUGCAGCUCUCCAAUUGCGCAUGAAUGAACAUCACCAAAAGGAUACAGUUACAUAGUGUAUGCAAUUAACAACAUGUUUACAUUAAAAUACAUACAGUGGCUUGCAAAAGUAUUCACCCCCCUUGGCAUUUUUCCUAUUUUGUUGCCUUACAACCUGGAAUUAAAAUGGAUUUUUGGGGGGGGGUUGUAUCAUUUGAUUUACACAACAUGCCUACCACUUUGAAGAUGCAAAAUAUUUUUUUGUGUGAAACAAACAAGAAAUAAGACAAAAAAACAGAAAACUUGACCAUGCAUAACUAUUCACCCCCCCAAAGUCAAUACUUUGUAGAGCCACCUUUUGCAGCAAUUACAGCUGUAAGUCUCUUGGGGUAUGUGUCUAUAAGCUUGGCACAUCUAACCACUGGGAUUGUUGCCCAUUCUUCAAGGCAAAACUGCUCCAGCUCCUUCAAGUUGGAUGGGUUCCGCUGGUGUACAGCAAUCUUUAAGUUAUACCACAGAUUCUCAAUUGGAUUGAGGUCUGGGCUUUGACCUUAAACCACUCAAGUGUUGCUUUAGCAGUAUGCUUAGGGUCAUUGUCCUGCUGGAAGGUGAACCUCCGUCCCAGUCUCAAAUCUCUGGAAGACUGAAACAGGUUUCCCUCAAGAAUUUCCCUGUAUUUAGUGCCAUCCAUCAUUCCUUCAGUUUCCUAGUCCCUGCCGAUGAAAAACAUCCCCACAGCAUGAUGCUGCCACCACCACCAUGCUUCACUGUGGGUAUGGUGUUCUCAGGGUGAUGAGAGGUGUUGGGUUUGUGCUAGACAUAGCAUUUUCCUUGAUGGCCAAAAAGCUCAAUUUUAGUCUCAUCUGACCAGAGUACCUUCUUCCAUAUGUUUGGGGAGUCUCCCACAUGCCUUUUGGCGAACACCAAAUGUGUUUGCUUAUUUUUUUUCUGGCCACUCUUCCAUAAAGCCCAGCUCUGUGGAGUGUACGGCUUAAAGUGGUCCUAAGGACAGAUACUCCAAUCUCCGCUGUGGAGCUUUGCAGCUCCUUCAGGGUUAUCUUUGGUCUCUUUGUUGCCUCUCUGAUUAAUGCCCUCCUUGCCUGGUCCGUGAGUUUUGGUGUACGGCCCUCUCUUGGCAGGUUUGUUGUGGUGCCAUAUUCUUUAACAUUUUUAAUAAUGGAUUUAAUGGUGCUCCGUGGGAUGUUCAAAGUUUAGGAUAUUUUUUUAUAACCCAACCCUGAUCUGUACUUCUCCACAACUUUGUCCCUGACCUGUUUGGAGAGCUCCUUGGUCUUCAUGGUGCCGCUUGCUUGGUGGUGCCCCUUGCUUAGUGGUGUUGCAGACUCUGGGGCCUUUCUGAACAGGUGUAUAUAUACUGAGAUCAUGUGACACUUAGAUUGCACACAGGUGGACUUUAUUUAACUAAUUAUGUGACUUCUGAAGGUAAUUGGUUGCACCAGAUCUAAUUUAGGGGCUUCAUAGUAAAGGGGGUGAAUACAUUUGCACGCACCUCUUUUCUGUUAUUAAUUUUUUUGAAUUUUUUGAAAGAAGUUAUUUAUUUUUAUUUAACUUCACCAAUUUGGUCUAUUUUGUGUAUGUCCAUAACAUGAAAUCCAAAUAAAAAUCAAUUUAAAUUACAGGUUGUAAUGCAACAAAAUUAGAAAAACGCUAAGGGGGAUGAAUACUUUUGCAAGGCACUGUACUCCAGUAUUUUGGCAACUAAUAAAGUAUUUUUUAAACCUCCCGCUUUGGGCUGGAUGUGUCAAUGUGUAGUUCAUACAUGCAUAAUCUAUGAGCAGAAUUACUGUCUUACCUCAAUCACCCACGAAAUCCCUAGUUUGAAAGUGACUGUUUUCUUGAAGCUGUGUCGUGCCAUUUUCCCUACAUUUCCUGCCACGUGGGCCAGCCCCCUAGCAUUUCGAUUUCUAGCCAAUGAGCUUCAGCCCCUCAAGCAUUUGAGUGACAACUAGCAAGAGGUCUGCCCAGCGUUAUCCAAUGAGGUUGCAGGGUGGGCCUAAGGGCUCAGUGGACACAGCAGAGCGAGAGCAAUGACGUGGUGCACAUAUCUGCACAUAUGUGACGUAGUACGCAAUCUUCGGGGACCACUUUUGGUUUGUGAGUGCUACUUUCAGAACUACUGGCUAAAAAGUAUACAAAAGUACCGGAUAAUCUCUUUAAUUAUUGCACUAAUAACCCAUUGGUGAAUAGGCUAAUUAAUGACCCAUAUGGUUGAGAAAUAAGUUGUACAGCAGUGCUACCUGUGUGUAAUACUCAGUCAUUGACGUUUUAAAAGGAGAGUUCACCCAGGGAAUAAGCAAACCAACAUUUGUUUUUGUUCAGUUAGCUGCAGCUUAGCAUUGUCUUCAUCAAGCACAAACUAUGGGAGUGGUAGGCAAGGCCCCUGUUAGUAUGCUCCCAAUAGCAUGUGUAAACCACUCCAAAACAGCAACAUUCACAGUACUUUUUUUAUAUUUUUAUAUUGAGGGAGUAUGAUAUUUCAGGAUGAUCUCAGUCGAUUCCAAGUUUUUAUUGUAGUUUUCAAUAAAAAAGAGAGCAUGCUGUAAUUUUGGUUAGGUAUCCCCUCAAGGACAUACAUGUACGGUCUGAUAAACAAUUUUGUUUAUUAGGAAUUUUGGAUGGAGCAAGAGAUGUGCUAAUCUUCAGAGACAAAGGUUUACAGGUUCUUCCAUCAACCCCAAAUUUGCUACAAUAUGUUAGUGUAUGGCUCCCCUACUUUACAUGUGAACCAAUUCUGGAUGAGGAUGAAAUGUAUGCAUGGCGAGUAUUUUUUCUGUGCAUCUUGUACAACUGUAUCAAACUGGUAACUGUGAAACUAAACUUGGCCAUACUUUUUUCUUUGACCUUUUCUCCUUUGCUAUUUUCAGACAGUCUUCCAUGAUGAGUGCAAGUUCAGAGAGAGCAUGCUGCCAAACAACUACAAUGCCUAUGAGUCUUCCGUUUACAGAGGCUCCUACAUUGCUCUCAGCAAGCAUGGCCGUCUGAAGAGAGGCAACAAGGCCACCACUGCCAUGACUGUCACACACUUCCUCCCCCGAAUAUGAGCAGAACUGGCAAUAACUCACUUAUUUGCACAUGUGGAUUGUUGUCCAGGUAACAUUAUACUGUAUACACCAAUACAAAUGGACUGCAAAAGAAAGAAAUACCAUUAUAUGAUAGUAUUUAUUCAGUCUUUAUAUGUAUAUUUCGGUAGCUUACUUUGUAUUAGAACUCAUGGAAAUGCCAUUAAUUGCUGCUUAUUAUUUUAAUCAGUAUUAUAUAAGGGGAUGGAGAAGCUUCAUCUGUCCCCUUCACUUUAUAUGGGUGCUUGCCAUACAUAAAUGGUGGAGACCUUGCCCUGUCAGUGGAUGACAGCUCAGCUCAGCCUCUAGAAGUGAAAUGGAUACUUUUUAUUACCUCAAAGCGCCACGUCCCAAAUUAAAUAAUGUGUGCAUGAUAUUUCUACUGAGAAGAAUGCCUGUUUACUUUGAACUUUUGUGAUUAUCCAUCAAGGACUCUACAUUUUCCAUAAUCUGUGUCAACAUUAUAUCAUUGUCUAGUAAGGGCAACUAGAGCGCUUACCAAAUAUUUGUUUUCUUGCUUUGUGAUGAGGUGGUGGCUGCCUUUGAUUCCUACUUGCGGCUCCUUCCCUUGCAUGCGAGAAACGCUCCCCUCAGUCAGAAAUAGGGAUGGCAUGCAAGUCAUCACUCCCUCAUGCUCCGGGGGGCUUUAGCCCAAUUCCUAGAGGGCCAAAAGUAUCUUCAGUUUAUUUUCUUUCCAGAAUGAGAUCAGUUAAGUAAUUGAGACUGUGUCAGAUAGGCCAGGCCCCUCAGGAGCUCACAGCCAUUGGUGUGGGAAGCUAGAACUGGAGACCCACCAUCCUAGGGGGACUUUGACAAUCCUGACUUUUAUGAGGCUAGAUGGUUUUAUGAGGCUAAGUGUGAGAUGGUUUGAUGUUUAGACCAGAUUGAAAUGUGUGUGUGUCUUGUCUUGGACUAACUGGGAGCCUGCUGUAUCGAUCAAACAGUUUGAUUAGUUUUUAAACUGAUGAGGGUUGAAACCUUAACUUAUCCGCUGGUUUGAACAUUUUUUUUUAGCACUUUUACAGUAUCUCCAUUUCUGCAGUAAAUGUCGAGCUGCAUAAAAAUAGUGCUUGUUUUCACGUUCACUCUACAUUAUUUGAAAUAAUGUAAAUAUUCCUAUUAAUUUUUUUUGAGAAGGGAUGCUUAUUUCAUGCAACUAAGAUUUGCUAACAAUAUUUCAGGUAACUCAAUCUGGCUAGUAUAUCUAAUAUCUGAUAUUUAGAUAAUAAGGAUUGUACUCAUACGUACCUGUUUCUCUCUUUCAUUGUUUAAACUGGUUAUGAAGUUGUAAGAUCUUGUGUGAAAGAAAAACAGAAGCAAUGUCUCAAAGCAAUUCACCAAAGGCUUACAGUAGUGAUGUUUGGACUUUGUACAGUAUGCAGCAUACUUGAAGUCAAUGCUUGCUUGCUCUCCUCCUCGAAUACUGUACGUUUCCAUAGUGGAGGGAAACAAAUAUACAGGGCUGUACUGACAUGCAGAAGAGGGCUUAUAUGGGACCGUGCAUGUGGCACCCAUUGUUGUUUUAACCUACUGAAGAUGCAGAUUAUGUUGGACAAGCUACUCCCCAAAUACCUGAGCAGACCCCCCUUGGCCAGUUGACACUGUAAAACCCUUUGUUCAACAGCGGUCUUGAGAUUCCAGAAGUAUCCUUCCUCUCCCAUCUGGAGCCAUUUUAGUCCACGUCAGAGUCAUAGACCUCUUUCACUGUGUCUAAGCACGUGGUGUUCAGGUUGACCCGGAUCACUUUGCCCUUUUGACGCCACUUUGACCUACAUUUGCUCUGUUAUUCCUUUAUUUAUUUAUGGAUGGUGUGUAGCUCGAUGAAAACCUUGCAUGAAUGACAUAAGGUGAUUUUUAGGUGUAAGUGGUUUGAUUCUGUAUCUCUCUUUGACUGGUCGUCAAUGAGCAUGGACUUAUUGGGAAUGGAGUGGCAAAAUCUGAUUUAAAGAUUUCUCUUUGGCUAUUACAAUGCUAUAAGUAUGUUUAGUGCAUCUGAGUAAAAUCCAUAGGAAAGGUCAUCUUUGACCUCUUUUACCAACCUUUAACUUUACGCCUGUUAAAUUCUUAUUCCAACACAAGUACUUACAGUAGUAAGAAGAGACAGGCUGAGGCUUGAUGCAGUGUCUGGUUGUGAUGGAACACGGGAAGUAUCUGCGUGAACAGCCAUCAUACUCCGUAUUUGCCACAGCCAAAGAGAAAGCAGAGUUCCUAUCAAAUCAAUUUACCAAGCUGAAAUUGUCUCCAUGUGCUAGCAAGGCACUGCUUCCAUCAAGGAGGAUAGCAGACAAUGAAAAUAUGUAACACAAAGGCUGUUUUGGAUGUGGACCGUUAUGAGACAAAACAUGAUUUUAUAUGGAUAACAAGUAGUGCUCUUGCUUGAACCAUGGUGCUGAAGGGGUCUAUGCCUUGAAAACAAUUGGUGCUCCCAGGAGAUAUAGCUACUGUAAUAGUUAUGCAAGUUAAAAGUGUUGCUCAGUCUGCCAAGUAGAGUUAUCUCUACAGCUAGCACCAGAUCAAGCCCACUUUCAUUGUCACAAUGGAACUGAAACAUAUCCUCACCACCACCUAUUCAGGAUGAUGAUCAGUGAUUGAGGAAUGAAUGAAAACAAGCUUUUCCACUGUCUUGCAUGUGUCUGUGUGGGAUGAUAACGUAGCAGGAUUCAUGGUUUCGUUGAAUUUGGAUGGUGCGACAUCUUAUUUUCCAUCCGUUCUCCCCAAAAUGUAAUCAUAAUAAGACAUGCAAUGUGAAUGUUCAUGAAGGUGAAUAAUAUUUGUUUGGAUUACAACAUCCUUAUCAUUCUUUUUUUUUUUUUGCUGGUCCAUA